CCGCAGCGCGUGCCCUACGUGAUCGCCCAGGCGCGGGAGGCGAUGCUGCAGAUCGUGGAGUGGCGCUUCCUGGCGCGGGACGCGGGCGAGAGCGACGUGCCGGCCGACCCGGCCUGGCAGGAGGACAAGGAGCCGGCCGCCGCCGUCCCCGACUCCUGGGCCCAGGGCUCCGUGCCGCUGCUGCAGACCGUGCCCAGCCCGGAGGGGGAGGUGCCCGCAGGCAAAGCGCCGUCGGGGGAAGCGCCCACCCUGCCGGGGCUGCCGGGCGAGGAAGCCACCGAGGCCGAGAUGCCGCUCCCGUGGGGGGAGGAAGGGCCCCCGGAGCCCUCCCUGCUGGCGGCCCGGCCCCACAGGCCAAAGUCGCGCAGGGGGCUGCCGAAGGGCCCGGCUGAGUCCCCACCUGUGCCCAGGGCUGCCCCUGCCCGGCCGCCCUUCAAAGACCAGCCGACCCCUUGCGGGCCGUCCCUGCCCUGGGCCGGCACGCUGGGCAGCAGAAAGAAGACGGUCUCCGAGCAAGAGCGGCUUUGGCGGAAGCAGCCCCCGGGGUCCCUGGAGGGCAGCUCCCUGAGGCUGCUGGGCAGCACGCAGCCCCUGCUGCCCUCCUCCUGCAGCAACCUCCUCCGGAUCCAGAUGGGCCGCCCCCCCAACAUCAAGGAUGUUUUCUACGACGAGAUGGGCAACGUCAUGCUGGUGCCUCAGCUGGAGCCGGCCCGCCUGCCUAAGCAGUGGAUCAAGCCUACCGUGGAAGUGGUGGACCCCUACGUGGAGUCUAGGCGCCAGCAGACCCUGAAGAUGGUCUCGGGCCGCUGCAAGCAACCCCGUCCCCCUAGAGGCCCUGCCGCAGCCAAGCGGGCCCCCGUGGAUCGAAGCAGCCUUCUGGCUCACGCUGGGCCGGAGCCGAAGAGCCCCUCGGAGACAGCGCAUGAGGCCCACCGGGAGCAGGCGGCCUAUUCUCCUCUUCCACCAGGAAAGACCCUCGAGCCCACCAGCUUUGUGUUUGUCAAACCCACCGUGCUGGUGGAGACGGUCGACCUGGCCCCGGGAGUGAGCCUCUGCCGUGGCGGUGCUGGCCCUCUGAACGCUCGCUUGCAGCCUGUGGUCGGGGCAGAAGAAGUCACGGAGGCGGACGGAUCCUUUCCCAGCAGGGCCAAAGGGCCCUUCCUUCAGGAGCCCCCGCUGCUGCCACACUUGUGCCCCAGAACCGUGCUGGGGUGAGGUGUUCACCGGCCCCAUCCCAGCCUCACCCUGUUCUAAAAUAAAAUGAAGCCUUGGAUGUGGCGACUCACACCU